GCUUUUCUUGACAAGAUUGGCAAGACUCCGACAACUCCGAAACACCUCAACUUUUCGCAGGUCUUUUCCUGUGGACUGCUGCUGCUAGCAUACGCUUUCAUCAUGUCGCCUUCUGUACUUCUGCUCAACGACGGUAACGUUCUCGACAAAGAGAUGCCGUCACCCGAUGAUAUAGUCCCCGUCAAGACCCGCAGAUCCGCCGUCCUGCAUCGCACACUGCACUAUGACCCGCACCGUGUUGUCGGCGCUCAAGGCCACGUCCUUCGACUCAGCAAUGGACAACAUAUUUUCGAUGCCACAGGUGGCGCAGCUGUAGCAUGUAUCGGACACGGCGAUAUUCGGGUCCAAGAUGCCCUGAUGGAGCAAAUGCAAGAGGUUUCGUACUGCCACUCCCUCUUCUACGCGACGCAAGCUGCCGAAGACCUCGCCAAACUGCUCGUGGACAGCACAGACGGCGAGAUGAGCCGCGCAUUCUUCGUCAGCAGCGGAAGUGAAGCCAUGGAAGCAGCCCUCAAGAUGGCACGUCAAUACCAUUUGGAAAAGCCACAACCCGAGCCACAGCGAUCACACUUCAUCUCACGACACCAAAGCUACCAUGGUACCACCCUCGGAGCGCUCGCCGCUGGGGGUCACGUUGCGCGCCGAGGCAUCUUCGAACCUAUGCUGGCCACCAAUUCAAGCCGAGUGUCUCCCUGCUACGCCUACCGUGGCUUGGAGUCGCCUACAGACACCGAAACGGCCUAUGUCAACCGACUAGAAGCAGAACUCGAGGCCGAGUUCCUCCGGGUUGGACCCAAGAAUGUCGCAGCUUUCAUCGCCGAACCCAUCGUCGGUGCAGCACUAGGCUGCGUCCCUCCCGUAGCAGGGUAUUUCCCAGCCAUCCGACGAGUCUGCGACAAAUACGGCGCACUUCUCAUCUUUGAUGAGGUAAUGUGUGGCACCGGACGUGUCGGACCCGAGCCCUCUGAUCGUUUUCCCAAGCCUCUCCACGCGUGGCAGGAUCCUCUGAUCGGCGUGGUACCAGAUCUCCAAACUCUUGGUAAAGGCCUCGGGGGUGGGUACAUGCCCGUCGCAGCCAUGCUGGCCAGCGCGCAUGUGGUGGAGGUGCUCGAGCAUGGAAGCGGAGCCUUUAGCCAUGGUCAGACGUACCAGGGACAUCCCCUGGCGUGCAGAGCUGCGCUCGAAGUGCAGCGCAUCAUCAUGAAGGAUGAUCUGGUGGCCAAUGUCAGGAAGCAAGGCGCUCUGUUGGGACGACUGCUAAAAGAAAAAUUGGGCAACCAUGCUGCAGUGGGGAAUAUUCGAGGCAGAGGAUUAUUUUGGGGCAUCGAGUUUGUCAAGUGUCGAGCCACAAAGGAGUGUGUGGAGCCAUCGAUGGGUGUAGCGAUGGGGAUACAUGAGCUUGGCAUGCAGAAACCGUACGACAUGAGCCUUUACCCAGGGACAGGCGGCGCCGACGGCCACCGUGGCGAUCAUAUCAUCCUUGCUCCCGCCUACAACGUCACAAGUGAUGAGGUUCGGCAUAUUGCCGAGACGGUGACAGCUGUCGUCGGCAAGUACUUUAGACUGAACCCCCACAUUUGGUUGGACGGUGCGGUCAGUGUCUCGUCAAAGAUGGAAGAUCCAGCUCCUCCGUUGGCGGAGGUACAUGCAACGCACAAGCCCCGGCGGUAGGAAUCGGAUGGAUGCGCGGCUAACGCGCGGGAGAGUGGAAGCUGACCUGGGAAGGCGCGGACAUGCAAUUGUUGAUAUGAAUGUGAUCACCUGCUUCGUAUUAGACUCGUUUAUGAUUGGGGCACAACAGCCUUGUGAGCAAUUCGCAUAGACUAUAUGAAAGCCAACAGUCCGUGGACAACUCUGCCAGGGCAAGUUGCCUUGCACGCACGCCUGUACGGUCAUAGACAUGGCUGCAAACGGGUCUGAUGCCUUACGUGUUGUCUCUUCAAUUACCGAGCGGUCGGCUCCUGUAAAAUUCUCUCAUGCAUACAGUUUAUGCAUAAGCAAAGCAUGACGGGCAUUCCCGAGGAGCAGUCCGCCCACAUUCUGCAGGGGCUAGAGCUUUUGGUAGCUCCGGCACCUGGAACUCCGAUUGGCAUGCAGCCUCGGGACACGCUGCAAGCAAGCAUUGCAGAUGUAUCACGGCCACCGAGAGUAUGCGGCCACUGCUGGCAAUACAAGAAGACUGUGAAGCGGUCUGAGCGGUUUUUGGUCAUCGGAUUCGCCUUUCCGGUGGUCUGAGUACCAACAAUGUCGGGUCACAGAUGCCACGCGAGUAGAUCGAGAAAGUGACGAGGAAGACAUCAGCGCUUCGUCACGAGGACCUGGAGAUGUUGUUAGGUGACUUUGUCUCGUCCAGGUUCGCGAGCAGAUAUACCGAGUCGAUCUCAGUGCCAGGGCCAUACUUUGACCCGGACUUGACGCGGCAUAUGACGAUUCUGUGUUCGGAACAACGUCCGUGAUGCAUCUCUUGCCAGAAACCUCUCGCGCGUUGCACAUAAGGGCUGCACUGGGCUUCACUGGGAACAUACCCACUUGUGAUUUACUCUCUUCCGCUACCUCUUCUGAAUGACUUUGACUUUCUUAGGCUUUUGUGAGACGGCGGCGUCACUGCCACCCCCACCCAUGAUGCCUUCCAUGCCGGCAGGUAGUUGACCCCCCAUUUGCUGCAUCAUUUGCUGCAUAAUGUCUUCGCCACCCGAUAAUGCAGGAGAGUGUAGCGGGAGGAUCAUGCCGAUCUUGGAGCCGCGAGGUAUAGCAGGAGGUAUGGGCUUACCGUCCUUCGGCAUCGGCAGUCCAGGAAUUUGCAUUUUCAGCGGGGUCUUCUCGUCUGCAGGAUGCGAUUUGAGAUAGCUUGCUAUGAGUUUGUAGAGAUGAUGUUUGUUUGCAAUUUUUGGGCUUAUCGGCUUCCCGUCCUUCUUGAUCUCUACCUUGACACGGCCAGGAUUUGCCCAGUCUUUGGGAUGUGUCUUCAUAGGAUCCAGCGCAAUCUGCAGCGCUACGCCAAGGGUGUUGCCAAUGUGCGCCAGAGCGUCCACGAUCUCUCUUGCCAGAGGGUUGGGCACUGCAUCUGCCUUGCUCACUCGUCGGCCGCCCUCGCGACUCCGCGUCUCGUCAAAAUAAACGGGAUAGAUGCACUGAUGGCUCUUGACAAGCUCCUGCCGCUCACGCACCAUCCUCUGCUGCUCUUGAGCGCUCAUUUGUGACAUGCGAGGCAUCUGGGGAAUUCCUGCGCCAUUUCCCAUGCUUGCAGUCUGACCAGCCAACAUUGAUUGCAUCGCCUGUGGCGUCAGGAUCGAAUCUUCCUGCUGCUCAUCGUCGUCCAGUCUGCUGCCUAGUGACUUGCCCUGGGGUCUCGCAAAGUCGAAGGCAUCAAGGUCCAUCUCUUCUGGAUCAUCGGCAAUCUCGUCAUCGUCCACCUCCUCGAUUCGCGGGUUCGACAUUAUGGUGGCGAGUAAAUCGUGCGUUGGCAGUUGUGAGCGAGUAACUUACU